UUCUAGGAACUUACUCGGGGUUGUGGUAUUGAGGGCAAACCAGGGUGGAGAAAGACUGUCAGAAAGGCCGUGGGCAGGUUCCAGAGCCCUCAGCGAAUGUUUCGGAAAAAUGGCCAAAAGAAUUGCUGAGAAGGAACUGACAGAUAGGAAUUGGGAUCAAGAAGACGAAGCCGAAGAGGUGGGAACAUUCUCAGUGGCCAGUGAGGAAGUCUUGAAGAAUAGAGCCAUAAAGAAAGCAAAGCGUAGAAAUGUUGGAUGUGAAUCUGAUGGCGGAGGGGCCUUUAAAGGCUUUAAAGGGCUGGUGGCGCCUUCUGCAGGAGGAGGGUUUUCUGGGUUCGGUGCUUGUGUUGGAGGGAAGCCUUUGGAAGGACUGUCCAAUGGAAACAGCAUGACCGGUGCCCCCCUCUUCUCUGGUGCGAGAGCUGCCACCGAGACCAAGGUGGCCUUUGGAUCUGUUGCUGCAAAUGGCCCCGCCUCCUUGGUUGAUAAUAAGAUUUCAAACCCCAAAAGGAAUGGUGACAGUCAGUCCUCUGGUCUUUCCUCGAGCACCACUCACCAGGGGAACGCCUACCACAAGCAGCUGGCGGCCUUGAACUGCUGCGUGCGGGACUGGAUCGUGAAGCAUGUGAACGCGAACCCGCUGUGCGACCUGACGCCGGUCUUUAAGGACUAUGAGAGCUACUUAGCGGGCAUCGAGCAACAGCUCGGUGACAGCGGGAGCAACGGCAGCAGCGGCUCUGAAAGGAAACCUAGCAAAAUGUCCCUCGACUCACAGCCUCCCUCCCUGUUUGGUUCAACAAAGUCACAGCAAGAGUCCACAUUUUUGUUUCAUGGGGAUAAAACUGCGGGCACCUCUGAAAAGAAGACAGAGGCUGUGCCUGAAAAGAAGGGGGACCCAUCACUAGGAGCGACAAGUGCCUCGUUUAAUUUCGGCAAGAAAAUUGAUGGUUCUGUUUUGGGCUCCUUAAACUCUGGCCCCCUGGCUGGGUUUUCAUUUCCUUCUGGAAACUCCAGUUUAUUUGGCAAAGACCUCACCCAGAGUAAGCCCGCUCCUUCACCGUUCUCCGUUCCAGCAGCGGAGGGCCAGGCCGGGGGCGGCAGUGCCGGCUGCACAGGUGGAGAUGAAGAAGAAAAUGAUGAGCCGCCCAAAGUAGUAGUUACUGAGGUCAAAGAAGAAGAUGCUUUUUACUCCAAAAAGUGUAAACUUUUUUAUAAGAAAGACAACGAAUUUAAAGAGAAGGGUGUAGGCACUCUGCAUUUAAAACCUACAGCGAAUCAGAAGACACAGCUGUUGGUGCGGGCAGACACCAACUUAGGCAACAUAUUACUGAACGUCCUGAUCGCACCCAACAUGCCGUGCACCCGGACCGGGAAGAACAACGUGCUCAUCGUCUGCGUGCCCAACCCCCCGGUGGACGAGAAGAACGCCGCCGCCCCCGUGACCAUGCUGAUCCGGGUCAAAACCAGCGAGGACGCGGACGAGCUGCACCAAGUCCUCCUGGGGAAGAAGGACGCCUAGCCCCGCCCCCCUUAGUCAGGUUGCUUCUUCCGUUGACGUUCUGAGAACUUUUAGAUAACUUACAGCCUUGAGAGCAAGAUUAAUAUGGCCAAUAAACCUUUAAUGUUUAGUGUUAAGAACUGUCUAAUGUGUAAACUACAUUUGAAAGAAAUUUCGGUAUUUUUAAUGUUCAUUUAUUAAAUUAACCACAAGUGAUUUCUUAAUGGACUGAAAUCAGGGUAGCGAUCGGAGUUCCCAAAGCUUUUCCCACCCGUGGGUUUGGGCGAGGCUCCCGAGGGCGGGUGUCCAGAGGAGCCUGGCCCUACCCUCCCGCCCACUGGGCGAGGCUGGGCCGUGGGGACAGCGCCCCUCCCAGGUGAAGCGCUGCCCUGCUGGCGGGGGUGUGCUUGUGUUAAGUGUUCUUCUAAAGCUGCAGCCGGGCCGCUCAGCAGACGUGGCCUUGCCCCUGCAGGCUGCUGGGCAGGACCCAGAACUGCUUUUCUUUUUACAGGAAACAAGGACUCGUUCUUUAGUUGUGGAGUGUGAUUCAUGAGGUGCUGUUACUUCUGUGUCCCCUCAUGACACAUGGUUAAGGGGGGUUGCCAGGGAUGAGAUUUAAAAGCACAAAUUUGGUCGCUUAUACUUUGAAAAUCAUCCUACAGCAGAAAGUGAACAUGCUUGUACCACGGGAGCCCUGUGGGUCUACAACUACCUGCUGCUUAAGCCCUAGGAGCUUUUAUUAGGCACGAACCUUGUGAAUCCACCAGGAAAGGGAGGGGAAAGCGUGUGUGUAAAUGUUGCCUUUACCUUGGACGCCGGGAUAUUCCAUAUUCCCAUCAAGUUCCAGUUCCUUUCUGAGUGAGGUUGUUCAGGGUGCCCCCGGGGAGGGCAGUGCCGUUGGCACAGGCGUGCUGCGCUGCUUCCCCACGGCUGUCGGGCAGCUCACACCAGCUUCCCUCAGACAGCACGUGAGAGACGGGCUUUGGAGGUUGACAUGCCGGUGUUGCUGACUGGUUAGCGCCGGCAUCAGGCGAACUUGUUUAAGGCUCGAUUGGUGCCUGAGGGCUCACGCUGUAUGUUCUGACCUUCAGCACAUCUUCUGACUUAGAAAAGAGGAGUCAAAUAAUUGUAGAUAGUGUAGUUGUUGUUUU